UCUCUAAUAGCAGCUGCUAUAACUACAGCCUAUGCCUUGUUUUUAAGUUGCAACCCAUGGGACGAACCCUGUCCCAUUCUUUUCAUGCAUAACAUGCCACUUUUCAGUUUUAAACAGUUAUAACUUUACACAUCGUUUUGAUAACUGAAUGGCCUUUCAAUAUCUAUAUUUGACAUUUAUACUUUUAUUAUUCCAGUGACCAUACAAUCCUCAGUGAUUGCUUUUUUCAAAGUAAAACAGCUUAUUAAGAAUAUUGGGAAAGGUGCAUGCAUGGAAAUUGAGGUGUAAUUAAUUGCUGAAAAUAUCUUUUUAUUUAUUUAUUUGCUUGUAGUUGUAAUGUGCAGAUAAAAAUAUUAGCAGUCAAAUAAAAAUGUUAUAUUACCUAUUCAUUAAAGGGACAUUCUAAGCACCAAACCCACUUCAUCUUAAUGUACUGGUUUUGGUGGACAAACCCUGUCCCAUUCCUAUGGCAAUGUAAAGCCUUGCUGUUUCAGAGAUCUGAAAUUAUUUAAAUUCACCAGAGAACAUGCCUGUCAGAAUGAUCACUAGAGAGACAUCCCAUAAUGUGAUGACACCCGUAUGCUGCUAAUGCUUCUCUAUUCAUUGGAUUGGAUCGAGAUAGUGACAACUGAAGGGUGGAGGACAGGAACCUGUCCCAGUGCUGGAUUACAGUAUAGUUAUAUUGUGUUUUUUGUUGUUGUUUUUUUUGCAACGUUCUAAAUCUUGUAAAGAGGGCAUGAAUCGUGUGUGUGUGUGUGUGUGUGUGUGUUGAUUGUUACUCCCCAUGUCUGAAACAUUAGCACAAACAUGCAUUCUUUCUUUUUUAACUUCUUAAGGCAUGUGCCCAUAAGAGCAACUCUUCCCCUUCUCUCCCCCCAUUACAUGGGAUGCUCAGGGCAAAUUAAUGCCUUUAAGGUAUUUUAAUACUUUCUUCGAUAGGCUCACUUACACAUGCUUAUUACUACUAAAAAUGUAUAAAUAAUUUUUAGAUUUUUGAAAAUGUGUGCUUGUGUCUUGAUCGUAGGACUAAAAGGAGAUUUGAUCGUGCAGCAGGAAAAGCACUGUCUGUGUAUCUAAAAGCCCCUUCCAAUUCCCUCUGUAAGGCAGCGGUGGGCAAGCUUCCGCACUCCAGAUGUGGUGGACUGCUUCACCCAUAAAGCUGGCAAAGCAUCAGGGGGUCACUUUUCCCUUGCCUGUGGCGAAUGCAGAUUUUCAGCCCUGUAUCACCUCGUCACACUGGACUUUUCCACCUUCCAUGGAUAUUGCUGCUGAUAAUAAAUGUAAAUUUUAGGGAUUAUUCUAAACAUCGCAUGGUAAAGAUACUGGGGAGGCCAACUAAGUUUAACUGUAUGUCAGCAUGUUUGUCAUCCGGUACAGUGCCGUGGCAUUCAAUGGCGUUUUUACAAAUAAUAGAAAAUCAGAAAUACAGCUUAGAAGCCCUUGCAAUGAUUGUCACAAUAGGUGCUGUGUCUCCAUUAGUUUGUGCACAGCACAGACUAGUGGUUUCCAUGUAAUGCAAUUUGACAGCACAAACCAGAGGAACAGGCAAUAAUAUAUAUUAGACAUCUCAAAUAAAAAAAAUAUUAAUUAAAUGAUCUUCGUCUUUGGGACAAUACUUGACACCUUUAGUUUAAUUUCACGAUUUCCUCCUGAGACGAAUGCCUACUACAGUACUUCUUUUAAUAAAAUAUAAAUUCUCAGUGGCAGACAUAUCACACAAUACGGUCGCACUGUGUGAUGAUACCCAGUUUAUUGCAGUCUUCAAGCUCUCAAAUACUAUUUUAUUCCAUGAAGGUGUAUUUAAACACAUAUGCCAGUAAUACAGUAGUGCUUGGCGUAUUGGCAGCCUGGACCAGCAUGUUGUCCAUGACAUUAAUUGUGGUGACAAACCCACUCGCCAUGUCUUCAGCAGGCACAUUAUUAAAUAUAUUUUUUAUAUUUACAUGAUAUUCUGUGUACCAUGGAUUCAAUAUGGCAAUCAAAAUAUUGUUUUUAAUUUUUUUUUGUUAUUCAUCCAAUGCUGACUUGAUUGUAUCCAAUGCUGACUUGAUUGUAUUUUUUGUUUUGUUUUUUUGUCUAAACGCUGGGUCAUUAGGGUUAUGAAGUCUGUGAAACACAUUGGGAUAGGUGGGCCGAGGGCAUGCAUGGUCAGCAAGACUUCUUUUUGUUACACUGUGCUAUUAAAGUUUUGCUUCAUAUUAGAGUCAAAUGAACGCUAUAAAUGCAUUUAUCACAGGGAUGUCAAUUAGCUAAGGUUACCUGGGCUAAGUGACAUUUUUCCAGUAUUCAGUUGCCCAGUUUUGGUGAUUACUUGCCCACAGAGUAGCCAACAUGAGGGCUACUCUGUUUCAUUCUUCAUUGUGGCAGACAGUUGAAGAUGCCCUUUUGACCACUGCUGCUGCAAAUUGUGCUGCUAAGAGUUAUUGUUGAUACUUUGUGGUCCUUUUGCCGAAUCCUUUGACUUCUUUCAUUAGCCAGAUGUUUUUUGUACACCGCUCACUGAAUUUUCCCUUUGGCUAUUUGUGUUUAUGAAUUGUAACAAAUAUAAUGGUCACGGAAUGUAUUUAUUAUAAACUUUUUUAUAUAUAAACAUUGCGUAAUAGAUAUCACUAAUAAGAGAGAAAAAAAAUUAUUAAACCGUUGCAGGUGUACUUAGAGAUAUAUAUUUUAAUGUUGCUUAGCUGCUAUUCCUAGAUUCAUUUAUUCACACAAGGCCCUUCCCUGUCUCUUUAGGGAAAUUCAUGGACAAAAUAUGUAAGUGGAAAAACAGAUGUCUUCAUUUAUCAGCCCAAGCGUAUAGACAUCGGAGACACAGAAGGAGAAUAUCUUUCAAUGUCUAGAUCUAGAUUUGAAGGGAACAAAAUAGUCUCUGGAUAUAACAGACAAGAAUUUCAGUUUUGAAGGACAUUGUUGUAAACUGUACUCAAAUGUAUUUUACCAUCUGCGGAUUUGGAUACUCUGAGUAAGGAGUAUAAUUACAGAGCAUUGAUGGACAAACUGAGCAUUAACGUGAUGAUUUUGACAUUUUCUCUCCCUAGGCUUGUAAAAAAUAAAAAUAGUAAGGCUCACAUCAGUGAGAGGGUGUACUGUGUGGCAGCCUAAUUAAAAGUAACUUCUUCAUGUAUGGUGGGCUUAUUAGAAUGGUUUGCAAGCUGCUAUUAAGAAAUCAUUUUUUAGAUGGGGCUAGAGAGUCCGAGAUUACGUUUAAAUUUAGAUGAGCGCACAGCUCAAGAAAAAAAAAAUAGAGGUUUGGAAAAUUAAUGGUGGGUGCUGUAUAGAGCAUUGAGGGAAGAGUAAGGAUGUACUUAGUAAAAUGGUAAUCUUGUUGGGUGUUUUAAGGACUUGACCAGACAAGGAGCAAAUAAAGGCUUCUUACUGUGGCUCAACGGAAGAGGAACAUUUUGUGAAGAUAUGCCAGGAAAGGUAGCAUUUUUUUUUUUAUUGGAGUCAGGAAGACGAAUUAAGAUAGAAAGUUACAGUUAUCAAAUCUGGGUCUAUUAGAUAGAUUAGCGUUUUGAUUUGUCAGUGGUUGGUUUCAAGAGAGAUUUGGUAGUUUACCAAUUUGAAACCUGCUCAGAUCAGUAUAUGCAAAAAAAGGGGGAUGAUCUGCUGAACCAAUCAUAAAUAAAAUAACAUAGCGUAUAACUGUGUAUGAUGACAAAUUGUAGAAGUUAUAUUCACAAAUGGCCACUCACACUUUUGCUGAAGUUUGCAAGCCUUGAAUAUUUUCCUUUUCAAAAUAGGAAUUCCAAAUCCUCUGUCUGGAUUAAAAUCUCCAUAGAUAUAUUGGCAUGUAUGUGCUCAGGAAAGAAAUGUAUAUAAAAGAAUAUAAGAUGCACAUUCAGAGUGAAGUACAAAAAAGUAUUUAAUAACUUACAUCAAGAUAUAAAAUCAUCAGUGUAGUCCCUCUAUGUCACCACCAGGGGUCCUACGCGUUUCAUCCAACAAAAUAGGACUUCCUCAGGGACUUGUAUGGUGUGUGAUCAACAGGUACAAAUAAACAAUGAACAAUAGAUCAGUAUAUGCAAACUUAAUUUCUACUUAGAAUAUCUCUACCGAAAUUUAAAUAUCAGUAUCAUAUAGAAGCAAUGGCUUGGAACUAGGCAUGAGCGGGCCAAACGCUGCGUUCCUCCAUUCAAAUGCUAUCAUUCUACUCUGUCUGGGAGAGGAAGCACAUUUUAGUACCUGUCAGGGAGACAGCCGUUUGAAGUGGAUUUAACCCUGCAACAUAACAUUGCAGUUUCUAAAAAAACAAACAAAAAAACUAUUUAUUUUACAUUGCAGGGUUAAAAUGACCAUGGCACCCAAACCAUUUAAUUGAGAUCAAGUGGUCCGGUUGUCUAUAGUGUUCUUUUACUUAACCAACAAUCUCUGUUUAGCUUUCCCAUUGACUUAGAAAGGUAUUGUCCCUAUGUAAGGGGGAACAUGGAUAACCCUGUUACUGAAAGUGGGCAGACAGCAGUUAAACGGGUAUGAGCCCACUGUAUAUUGUAAAUGACUGCACAGACUAUGGUUCUUUCCUUUUAUGAUGGAACGUUAAAAAAAGCUCUCUGGAAAUUUAAAACAUUAUAUUUUGAGAAACCUAACCCAACAGAGCAUUUAAACAUUGUUAUCCUUUUCACCAUUCUGAUGCUCUGAAAUGUAUUUGUUUUAGGAAUGCAAAAAUAAAGUUCUAAUUGUACCAUCUCUUGCAGAUUUCAAUCUGAAAGUAGAUCGACGGCCAACUGGGAGGAGAUUCAUGAUCGGGUAAAAAAUAUGCUCAAGACUCACGGUGCCAGGCAGCGACUUCAUUUUGUAAGUUCUCCUUAUGAUGAUUCUUUACUCAGUGUCAUUUUGUAAAUCAAUGUUACGUGUUGUUUGAACACACAAUACAUGUUUACAAAUCAUGUUAAGAUGCUGAUCGGUGUGGGACAUCACCACAGCUAAUUUUGCGUCCCAGCUGAAACAGAAGAGGCAUACAUAUUUCAUUGUAUACAUUUUCAGCUAUUCAGAAUGCUUAUUGUAUGGAUCAAGAAAUUAAAAUAAGUGUGUCAUGUUAUUUGUAGAUCAAAAAGAGUCCAGGGCACACAGUAGUUCAAAAGGUGCCAGAGUUUAUUGAAGCGAAGUACAACAACAAUGUUUUGACCUCACCAAGAGUUUUGUCCUGUUAUUUCUGAAAUGGUCUAUGGUACAGUAAUGGCAAGUUGUUUUCCCUAAGAUCACCUAUCACAUAUUGCCUGUGCACAGUUUGGCCCACUAUCUCUUGGUAUAUCCAACAGAAUGCUUAGGCCAAAUCAAUGAACGUGCAUUAUCACAGAAUUGUGAUCCCAUCUCGUUUAUUUCCUAUUAGAUAAUUCCUAAUAACCAUAUGGAGGAUACUGACAUUUUAAACCAUGCAUAAUUUAAAUUUUCACAUUAUUUCAGUUGAGUUUUUUUUCUGCAAAAAAACCCAAACUAGCUACAGUGAGCUUCACUAUGUUUCUGUUACUGAUGCACUUUAGUUGAGCGAUUCUUCACCUUUUUUUUUUUUUUUCUUUUUUAAUAGACACCCAGUUUAAGAGCACUGCAAUAAAACUAGCUUUCCUCUUUUUAUUUUAUUUUUUUUAUUUACUAGCAUAAAACAUCUUAAGUAGACUCUACCCAGCAUCAAAAGGGUCUGGACGGUGCACUGGAGAAGGAAACUAUUUAUUGUUAGCAGCUGCCUAGUGGUCAGACUAAUGCCUGCAUGUUUGAGGUCCAAUGAAUUUAGAGGCAAUCUCCAGGAGAGAGCUAAAUACAGAGGUGUGGCUUUUUACAUUUUCUUUUCUUUAUCAAACCUAAAAAAAAAAAAUAAAAAGCAUAAAUUUGAUAACUGAACUCCUGAGAAGUGACAGCAGCCCUUUAAGAUACAUACUCAUGCAUGCAAAGUAUUGUGAUACAAAUGAAACACAGGCAUUGGAGAAAAUACAGGUGAUUCAAUUCUGCAGCUAAAAAUAAGUAAUUUGCUUUUAAUGACUCCUACAUUAUGCUUUUUAUGACCAACACAAGAUAAUUGCUUGCACUCUCUUUGUGACUUCUGUUGUCUGAGCGGAGUCUAUAUUUAUUUUUAAUGUCAUUCUUUCUAUCCUGAAAAAUAAUGAAUUUGUAAAGGAAAAAAAGUUUUAGAGUGUCAUUGUUCACCAGAAGUUCUUGCAGACGCAGCAUUUCUGUUAUUUCUAAAUGCAUGCAAAUAGCCUUUAUUCCUAUAGAGAACAGCUCCCUCCUUCGACUAUGAUACAUAAAAAAACCACCAUAUUGAUUCUUAUUUUGCAUUUUGUUUAAUUCAGUGCUCAAUCAUCUUCCGUUACAGAAAGGCUGAACAAACCCCUUUUUUGUUUCACUGUUCACGGAUUGAAUUGUUAUAUUGUCAAAGUAGUUUUAUAUAAAGAAUUAAAAAAGUAAAGAAAUGAAAAAUCUAGCAGAAAUGGAAAAAAGCUUACUGCUUUAAGAGUCUGGUAAUUACAGCUAACCAGUACAAAUGAUCAGAUGUCUAACAAGAACAUAUUACCAUGGGAGCUCGCUGAGCUUUGAAAUUUGACUCUGAUGUGCCGUUUUACAAAUGUUCUGCUGCCACAGGAGUUUAAAGGCUGAACUGUGAAUGGUAGGCACCAGUGAUUUCCGAGGACUCCAUAGAUGCUCUGAAUUUAUAACCCACUGGAAUUAUUCUUUUUCCUUUCUCAAUUCUGCAGCAUUUAAUUAAAAAUGUUUAUCAAUUUGUGGCUCAUUACUUCACAUUUCUCUUGUUAAAAAAAAAACAAAAGAAAAAAACUUAAUCCUCCAGUUGAUUUAAAGAAUUAGGAGCAUUUUAUCAUAGUUCACAUGAAAUAAAUAUUUAACUAGAUAAUACUUGGCAUGCAUUAUUGCCUGCGUACCUUACCAUUGUCAGGAAUAUCCAGCUGUGUACAAUGAAUCAAAUUGUACUUUAGCUAAACAUGUGUCUCCCAGUCAUGGUUAAACAUUUAUUUUUGGUUGGUAAAUUCAAUUCGUAUAAGUGUCAACUUACAUAAUAAUACCUUUUUCAAGUCUUUUUUUUUGUUUAACUUUUUUAGCCAACGGAUAAAUGUGGAAAGUUUUGCUGUGCUUACAUUCAUUGUUUAGCUCAUCUCUGUCUGCUAACAUUCGCCGUUGGGUUGCGUCUGUUCAUACAUUGGCGUAUAUUGUUCACAGGUUGACAAUCUUGACCAAAGUCACCACUUUCUAUAGUUGGCAUGUACCACAGCAAAUAUAUGUAUGUAAUUUAAUGAUGUAACGGGUGUCUCCCAUGCACAAAUGGGCAAAUUUAGGGAAACUCCAGUAGUGGGGUCUUAAAGUUACGGUUAUAGAGUUAGAAAUCCAAAUCUGUAUUCCUAACGCUAUGAUCUUCAUGUCUUUAGUUCGUUUAGCCCCCUUCUCCAGUUUGUGCUGUAAAGAAAUAAAUAAGGUUUACUUAACUUUCCUCCAGUGCCGAGUCUUCCUCUGCGCUUCGGACACCAUUCUGGCUUAAUGUCACCUGGCUCACUUGUGUGAUGAGUUUCCUGGACACAGAUCACCUAAAAUGCUAUUCAAAGUUCUUAAAGAUACAAGAACUCAACCUAGAGCAAAUUGGUUAUUAGGUGUCUUAUAAUGGUGUAAAUUUGCAGAGUCAAAACUCAGGUGUUCCAUAGACUCCCCAACUUUUUUUAAUCUGACCUCUAUAUUGCAUUAAAACUGCCGUUUUUUUUUGUUUUUUUAUCCAGGACAAGAGCGUGUUCGAUAAAAACCCUCAUAGUCGUGAUUCUUUGUGCAAUGACUCUCUUUGCGUCAGUGACCUGCAGACCAGGUGAGGCAGUCACGUUGAUUAUUAUGAAUCUGGAUAGUGAGUGGUCAGUGUAUUAGUAAUAUGCCUUAAAGGGACCCUCUAAGCACCAAAACCACUACAUCUUAAUGCAGUGGUUUUGGUUUAUAGACCCUAACUAUGGAAUCUGACAAAGUACACGUUGCCAUAUCUGUUUACAUGUGUCAGUCAGUAUGCCGCUAUUGUCUGUCAAUCAGGCAAUCAACUUUUUAAAUGUUUUGGGAAACCACGUGGAAUACAGAUGCCAAACUUUGCACAUCCUUUUACUACUACCUUUCAGCUAGCAUUGUUUGAAAUAUUGUGCCAAAACACAAGGCUUGUAUAUAACCAUCAGCACAACUUUUGUGUAUGUCUGAUAUAUAUAUUCAGAGUUAGGUAGAAAGUCGACAACUUUCUUUGCUUAACACACUUGUUGGAGUGGUUUUGUAAUAUUUAAUGUUCAUUUUCCACAAAUUUUUGCAUUCUUAAAUAUUUUAAAAACAAUCCUCAAUGGAAGCCUAAAGAACCAGCCUAGAUGCAAGUGUAAUUCAAAAACAUUAUUUGAUAAAGUGCCAUCGACAUUUGGCAUGUUACACCAAGAUGCAUCCUGAGAAUCUGCAGUUUUAAACUCAAUCAAGUUGAUUUUAGCUAAUAGACUGCUCUCUAUGAGUAAAGAAACCGCAUCGUUUUCACGUGACUAUUGCCAUAUAAAGAACUGUGCUAUUGAUAUCCGUAAAGGCUAUUAUUUUCUUAAUGUGGUUUUUGUCACUUUUCGCAGUCAGUCGUCUCCGGUGGAGAACUUAGUUCACCUGGACAAUGGGGAAUACUGGUCUAAAAGAGCAGCCGUGUACAGAGGAAAGACUCACAGAGAAGUGUUUGAAGAGAGCAUGGAGAAGAUAUAUAGGAACAUGUAUAAGAAAGCCGCUGAGUCUAGUGCAUGUAUGAAGUCCCAAUAUUCCCUGUAA